UUCAAAAACCCUACUGCAAAUCUCUUAAACCUUCGCUUCCACAUAUUUCUUCUCCUCCUCCUCCGUUGCUUGUGGAAUACUCUGUUUCAGUGAGACCAAAUGCAUAGGCUUUCGAAGCGCUCCGUCAAUUCUCUCCUUCGCAGCUCAACCGCUGCACGCUAUCGAGAUGUUGCUGCUCCAAUUUCUUCUUCCCAUUUCUUUUACCAAUCGGCGGAUGCUGAUAGUAAAGGUAGAUGGUAUUCAGUAUUGACUUCAGGAAGAUGUGAUGUCAUUGAAUCCACAAAGCCAUUUAAAACAAGAAAUGAGCCUUUUUUGGGUUGCCGAUUUGAGUCAACAGCUGCGGCAUCUGAUGCAUCUGACUCACCAUCUGAGAAGUUUGAGUAUCAAGCAGAGGUCAGUCGCCUCAUGGACCUUAUUGUUAACAGUCUGUACAGCAACAAGGAGGUUUUUCUUAGGGAGCUUAUCAGUAAUGCAAGUGAUGCCUUGGACAAGUUGAGGUUUCUUGGUGUUACUGAGCCUGAGCUUUUGAAGGAUGCAGUUGAUCUUGAUAUUCGCAUCCAAACCGAUAAAGAGAAUGGCAUUAUUACCAUAACGGACUCAGGAAUUGGUAUGACUCGCCAAGAACUUGUUGACUGCCUUGGCACUAUUGCACAAAGUGGAACUGCAAAGUUUCUAAAGGCUCUGAAGGACAGCAAGGAUGCUGGUGCUGACAGCAAUUUAAUUGGUCAAUUUGGUGUUGGAUUCUACUCAGCUUUUCUUGUUUCUGAACGAGUUGAAGUCUCAACAAAAAGCCCAAAGUCUGACAAGCAAUAUGUCUGGGUUGGAGAGGCCAAUUCUAGCACAUAUACCAUUCGAGAGGAGACUGAUCCUGCAAAACAACUUCCUAGGGGAACCCGUCUCACUCUAUAUCUUAAGAGGGAUGACAAAGGAUAUGCACAUCCGGAAAGAGUAGAAAAGCUUGUGAAAAACUACUCACAGUUUGUUUCAUUCCCUAUUUACACAUGGCAAGAGAAGGGAUUUACAAAAGAGGUUGAAGUUGAUGAAGAUCCAGCAGAAGCCAAUAAGGAAGGACAAGAUGAGACAGCUGAGAAAAAGAAGAAAACUAAAAAAGUUGUGGAGAAAUAUUGGGACUGGGAGCUUACAAACGAGACUCAGCCAAUAUGGCUUCGAAGCCCUAAGGAAGUGAGUAAAGAGGAGUAUAAUGAGUUCUACAAAAAUACUUUUAAUGAAUAUCUGGAGCCUCUUGCUUCUUCACACUUUACAACCGAGGGAGAAGUGGAGUUCCGGUCUGUACUUUUUGUGCCAUCUGUAUCUGGAAUGGGCAAGGAUGACAUGAUAAAUCCCAAGACAAAGAAUAUAAGGCUAUAUGUGAAGCGAGUUUUUAUAUCUGACGACUUUGAUGGUGAACUAUUCCCACGCUACCUGAGUUUUAUCAAAGGUGUCGUUGACUCAAAUGAUCUUCCACUUAAUGUAUCACGAGAGAUUCUUCAAGAAAGUCGCAUUGUUCGCAUCAUGAGGAAGCGGUUGGUGCGGAAAGCAUUUGAAAUGAUUCAGGGCAUUGCUCUCAGUGAAAACAGAGAUGACUACGAGAAGUUCUGGGAGAACUUUGGGAAGCACCUAAAAUUGGGAUGCAUUGAAGAUCGUGAAAACCACAAGCGUAUUGCUCCACUUUUACGUUUUUUCUCUUCUCAAAGUGAAAAUGAGAUGAUCAGCUUGGAUGAAUAUGUUGAGAACAUGAAACCAGAUCAGAAGGACAUUUACUAUAUUGCUUCUGAUAGUGUGACGAGUGCAAGGAACACUCCUUUCCUGGAAAAACUUCUUGAGAAAGAUCUUGAAGUUCUGUUCUUAGUUGAUCCCAUUGACGAGGUUGCUGUCCAAAAUCUCAAAGCAUUUAAGGAGAAAAACUUCAUUGACAUUAGCAAAGAGGACCUAGAUUUAGGUGAUAAGAAUGAAGAUAGGGAAAAGGAGAUAAAACAGGAGUUUGGGCAAACAUGUGAUUGGAUAAAGAAACGGCUAGGGGACAAGGUUGCUAGUGUACAGAUCUCACAUCGUUUGAGCAGUUCUCCUUGUGUUCUUGUAUCAGGAAAGUUUGGUUGGUCAGCUAAUAUGGAGAGGCUGAUGAAGGCCCAAACUGUUGGUGAUACCUCCAACCUGGAGUUCAUGAGGAGUAGAAGAGUCUUUGAAAUCAAUCCUGAACAUCCUAUCAUUAGAACCUUAACUGAAGCCUGCAGGAGUACUCCAGAUGAUGAAGAAGCCUUGAGGGCCAUUGAUCUUUUGUAUGAUGCUGCAUUGGUUUCUAGUGGUUUCACUCCUGAGAAUCCAGCACAACUGGGAGGGAAGAUAUAUGAGAUGAUGAACUUUGCCCUUGCUGGCAAGUGGGGAACUGUUAGUGAGUAUCAGCAACAAGCAAACCAGCAGCCACACAUCCCAGAAACAGUCGAAGCAGAAGUCGUUGAGCCUGUUGAAGCUGGUGGACAGAAAUAAAAUCAGUAAUUUUCCAUUAGUUUGUAAUAUAAUAGUUGAGGCUUCUGAGAGAUAAUAUUGAGAGACCCUAUUGAUGAGCAGAUCAGUCUGAAGUAAAAGGGACUUAUUAAGCAUUAUCAUUCCGUUGAAUUGAAAUCUUAAAAAUAGAAUAGGAAUCUUGUUUACUACUAUUCGAAUGGAGCUUCAUUUUUCUGGGGUUCUUAAUAGAAGUUCGAUUCCUCGGUAA